AAUACCUUACAAACCUGGAGAGCGUUGACCAUUGGGAUGAUGAAGUUUCGCGCUCCGUUCUCAAGCAGAAGAUGCGAAUAUGUACCGUCUUCGAGCAUUGCCCCUUCCUCAGCAAACCUUCGUCGCCCUCGACUUCCCCGGGUUCGAUUCGAAGCACCAAAGGGUUCCAAUGACCAAAACCAAACAGUUACUCGACCGCCUAGUGGCUGUAGAGAAACUGGUUUUGCGUAUCGGGGCCCAAGUUAUGCUCAUCAAAAACCUGAAACAAGGACGUCUCGUAAACGGCUCGGUGGGAAGGGUCAUUGCGUUCGAAGAAAUAGGGAAGUCACAGUUCGAAGUAGCCAAAGAAGACAACAAUCGGAAGGACAAGGAUCGCCUACUUCAUCGUGUCGAGCUGGAGAACGCCCAAAGUACCAACCCAGAACAUAGCCAGGCUCAGGCCACCAAAUGGCCUGUUGUACAGUUUGAAAGCGGUCCGACCUUGCUUUGUGUACCCGUUUCUUUCACCGUAGAGAACAGUGCUGGACGGGUCGAAGCUCAGAGAGAUCAGGUGAGGGUGCUGGGCACCAUUCUUGAAUAACCCUAAACAAAGUGGAUCCUUAGGUACCAUUGAUCCUCGCUUGGGCACUUAGUAUCCACAAAUCCCAAGGCCAGACACUUCCCCGCGUUAAAGUCAACUUGCGG